UUGAGAGACUUCUCCUGUGAGCACAGACACACACACGCAGGCAAAGCAGCCAUUCAGCAGUAGGAUGGAUCCUGACUACUAAAGAGGGAGAGGGAGAGAGAGGGAGACUGAAGGAGGGAGAGAGAGAGAGAGAGAGAGAGAGAGAGUGCAAGAAAUGGGGGAGUGGUGGGAGAGAGAGAGAGAGGAAGCGAAAAAGAGAGUGAAAGGCUCCACACGGCAGAAUAUAAAUCUGUAUGUUAACAGGACCAAAGCUGGAGGUCUCGAAGCGGCUUUAGUGGUUAUGCUGUUGGGGGGUGGCCAUAAAGCAUCAAGAGGUGGUCUUCCCUAUUAACUGAGGAUCUGUUCGAAUAAGGAAGUGGAACCCGUGGAAGCUGUGAACGCCGGUUGUCAAGCACAGUGGUGGGCUGGUCGGAGGUCUGUGACCCCCCUCAUUUUCGUCUCUGGAAGAAAAGAGAAGAGCAAAAGAGACACGAGAGAAAAAGGAAGGUGGCAGCGAGGGACCAGUGAGCCAUUUCUCUCUUUAUUACCUCCAUUCACAAAACCAUUGCAUCCCAUUAUCACAGCGAUGUAGAGGCAUUCUCUCCGAUUAGAGGAGGAAGGGUCCCAUUGACUGCUGAGGCUUAGCACCUCUCUCCAAACGCUAGCCCUUUUCAUUGCAGCCCCCCCCUCCUCCACUCAUCCUUCGCCUCUAUCCUUACGUCUGCUAUUUUCUCUGUUCUUCUCUCUUUUCUUGCCCCUUGUAUUCUUGUCCCUUUUCACACCACUCAGGAAUCAGAAGGCAUUGCGUUGUGGUAGAAGUGGGUGUUUCUGGAGCUGUCAUUGUGUUUGGUGCCGCUACAAAGGACAGCUGAGCAGGGAGUGAGAGAGACAGCUUUGGAGAUAAUAAAAAAGCAGCCUGAAAGAAAAGAGGGGGACCUGGGACUACAGGAACAGCAGACAACAACUGGAAGGUGAAUUGUGAUGAAAAGAAAACUGUUACAGAGACUGACAACCAUUUUAAGGUAUUUAUUUAUUGAGACCAUUACCACUUCUUGAGAGAAUAAAGAAGCAGUGUGACAAGCCAACACUGCCGGUUGGAUUCUGCUAUUGCUGUUGCUAAGCAAAGUCUUUAACCUGAAGUUCUUGGGGAGACAGUAUUGAACAUCCCUCUACAGCCAUGAAAGGAAGCUCAGAGGAAAGCAUUGAAAGCAUCAGGCCCUCCAACCUGCAAGCUUUUGCUAACAUAUCCACCCUACAUGGCAUGAGUCACAUAUUCGCCUAUGGGCACAUGACAUUCCGUCGGUUUCUUUGGACUCUUUCCUUCCUUGGUUCACUAGGCUUAUUGAUGCUGGUCUGCAUGGAUCGAGUGUCCUAUUACCUGGAGUAUCCUCACGUCACCAAGCUGGACGAGGUGGCAGCAACUAACCUCACCUUCCCAGCUGUUACUUUCUGUAACCUCAAUGAGUUCCGCUUCUCCAGAAUCACCCGAAAUGACCUCUAUCAUGUAGGAGAGCUCCUGGCCCUCCUCAAUAAUAACUACCAAAUAGCCAACCCGCACUUGGCUGAGCCCGAAGUUCUGGCUGCCCUAAAGGAUAAGGCAAACUUCCAGAACUUCAAGCCCAAACUGUUCAACAUGACUGAUUUCUAUAACCGAACAGGUCAUGACAUCAAUGACAUGCUACUGCAAUGCACCUUUCGAGGAGAGGAUUGCUACCCGGUGAACUUCACCACAAUUUACACACGUUAUGGAAAAUGCUACACGUUCAACUCGGGAUUAGACGGCAACCCUUUGCUGACGACGUUAAAAGGCGGCACGGGGAACGGCUUGGAGAUCAUGUUGGAUAUUCAGCAGGAUGAAUACCUGCCUGUUUGGGGAGAGACAGAUGAGACGUCCUAUGAGGCCGGCAUAAAGGUACAACUUCACACUCAGUCAGAGCCUCCUUUCCUCCAUGAGCUGGGCUUCGGGGUCGCCCCCGGCUUCCAAACGUUCGUUUCCACCCAAGUGCAGAGGCUUCAGUACCUCCCACCACCUUGGGGAGAUUGCAAGUCUACCCCCAUAGACUCUGAAUUCUUCUCCACGUACAGCAUUACAGCCUGCCGCAUUGACUGUGAAACCCGGUACCUGCUGGAAAAUUGCAACUGCAGGAUGGUUCACAUGCCUGGAACCUCAACAGUUUGCACACCUGAGCAGUACAAAGACUGUGCUGACCCAGCUCUAGACUUUUUGGUAGAGAAAGACAACGAUUACUGUGUGUGUCAGACCCCCUGCAACAUGACUCGCUAUGGCAAGGAGCUGUCCAUGGUUAAGAUCCCCAGUAAGGCAUCUGCUAAAUAUCUGGCUAAGAAAUUCAACAAAACUGAGCAAUAUAUUGGAGAAAAUAUAUUGGUCCUGGACAUCUUCUUUGAAGCUCUGAAUUAUGAGAAGAUUGAGCAGAAGAAGGCCUAUGAAAUUGCAGGGCUUCUCGGUGACAUUGGAGGUCAGAUGGGGCUGUUUAUCGGAGCCAGUGUUUUAACAAUACUGGAAAUAUUUGACUACCUAUAUGAGGUGUUUAAGGAUAAGGUUUUGGGUUACUUCCUACGCAAGAAACGACCACAGCGUUGUCAGAGCGACAAUCUGUCCAUUAUCACAUCUCCACUAAAACAACCCGACAAUAAAGAGUUUCCAGAGAACCCAACCAGCCCUGGUGUCACGCCUAAUCAUGCCCCCAGAGCACCUGUGACACCCUCCGGAGUCACUCGGACAGUCUCGGAUUCACGCCGAACAUGUUACCUCGUCACCCGACUCUAGGAAACUUUGAGGAGUUUGCUUGUUGACAACAUAAAGUAGGGGUUGGGGGUGGGGUGGCACAUCUGGGAACAUGACAGCAAACUGUGAAAUAAUGUAUGUAUUUAACAGAAAACGGUCGAGUGUAUAACUCAAAAAAACGUAUAGUAGAGUUUAUCAAUGCCUGAAUAGAAAUAGAAUACUAUCAUCAGAAGAAAAAGAGACCACUUCCAAAACAGAACUCAGGUUUAACUGCCAUGUCAAGGCAUCAGUGUUAAUUUAUUCGUGUUUCAUCCUGCGGAUUUGUUUUUCGUACGCGGCCACUUGAGAGUAUAAAAACCAGUGAAGAUAAAUGUGUCCAAAAUUAGGUUUCUGACCUGUGUUGAGAUGAGUCACAUAGUACUGUUGUGCUAGUUUUGGUUGUACAUCAAUCCAGAAAACAAAAACAAAUAUGGAUUGGUAUGUGUAGCGUUGGAGUUUCUUAUCAGUGUUACGUCUCCAGCAUCUAACCAAUGCUGUAUUGAGUGACCUUAUACUUGUCAUCAGUUUGAACAGUAGAGCCUUUUUAGAAAUAUGUUCGACUUUAAUGAGCUGAUUGUUGGUUAAAAGAGCUGCUCACAAUCAAAACACCAAACGAGUGUUCAAUGUUGCCUUUUGCUACUGUGAGGCUUUGAAUUGUCUCAUUAAUUAGACAACUGUGCUUAUUCGAAUUAAAAACAGAAGAGGAACUUGAUUAUUUGUAUAUAUGCAAGUAUCUAGUUUUGUUCCAUGUGGAUCCCAGGAUGAUAUAAACUACUGAAUUGGAUGUUUUUGUUAACUUAGGUCACUUUUUACACACAGUAAGGGUAAUAAAAAGAGAACCAGGAGGCCGAAGAAAGGCUGUUGAUUGUAUCUUUUUAUCUUUAUAUAGCUGACAUUUCAAUUUUCAUUGUUUUCCCAUUGUUGGGGAUAGUGUUGCUCUGCUGUCACCCAAAAAACAAAACAAAAAUGCUAGCAUGCAGCUUGCUCUAAAAGUUGGCCCUUAUUUACAUUGAAUUCAUUAGAAGAGAAGCAAUCAGCCUUUCAUUUUUGCCUUUUUAAUAAUUCUCAGCUAUGUUAUUUUCAUUACUGUGUCUUAAAAGGUGUUCAUCAGCACAAUCCCCUGUGAUAGUAAUCUAUUCUCUAUGGAACAUAAGUACUUUUAAAAGGCUUGUUGGUGACAUUCCUAAACUUUGACAGAAAUUUGUAAAUACCCGCAAUGAAAUGCCAUGAAGAAAUUCUCGUGAGACAUUGGUCAAAUAUAUAUAUAUAAAUUUAAAAAGUGUUUUUUUUUUUUUUCAUCUGUUCUUACACCAGAAGGAAUUUGGACUUUCCAUCUGGGUGGGCCAUAAGUGUCUUUGAGUUUCUGGCGAUUAUAACAUGACUGACAACUAAACAGACUUUAUUAGAUACAAGAGAAUUGCCUCAAAACAUCAAAACCACCAUGCACCUCAGCCCCGUUCAGUUCACUUGAUUUAUAACAGAAAUGCAUUGUACAAUUUUACCAUUGUGUCCUUUUAUUAUCAUUAUUAUUAUUAUUAUUAUUACUCCAGAACAUGUAAUAAGUCACAAAUAACAGUUUGUGAUGUAUAAAUGAUCAAGUAUAAUAAACUCUAUAUUUACCCAUCUUACUCACGUACACAACUUUUCCUUCUUAUCUCCGUGUGAGUCUACUUCCUCUAUUGUUAAUGUUCACUGUUAUUUAAAUCCUUGACACUACAGUUAUGGACUUGUAGGUACAUAACCUCACUAUAAAUACUGAAAAUUCAGAGAAGUUUUUUUUAUUAUUAUUAUGUGAAACUUUCAAGUAUAAUGCCAAUCAAGUAAAUGGUGUUCAUAACACUGUAGCUUUAUUACUCUGUGUAUUAGAUGACUGUUGAUGUGAAGCACAAACCCUUGGAGAUCAGCCAUCACUUGAAAGCCAAUGACUGGACGUCUAUGGUUGUGACUACCUUUUGUGGCUCUAGUUUUAACUGCACACACUGUUACACAUGGUGUGUUCACUGCUCCAGCAUAACGGGAAUAAGAGUAUACUCUAAAAAGGAGCCAGACAUCACCUUUUGAAGAGACUUUAUCCCAAUGGAGAUUUUACUUUUUCAGGAAACAGAAAAAAGGUGAAUCGGUGGUGUUGUGUCAUGAGCAAUAAGUACAUUGAAUCAAAUACAACUCUUAGCAAAUUGACAUAAAAAAAAAUAUAACAAUUUGGGAUCUCGAUUUUCAAUUCAUGACUUAUUCAACAGCUGGAAUGGAUGUAGACUGAACAGCUGCCAACUGCAACACAGAUGUAUGAUAUGACGAUUGUAUGUUAACCAUCAUUAGCCAAAUAAAAAGGGACACAAAUGCCAAUUCAUAUUACACAAUGAUGCUAUUCUGAUGAUGCUGCAUUACCAUGAUGAUUUUGAGUGUGUGUGUCAUGUUGUUGGGUUAAAAAGCAUAAAAUAAAAUAAAAAAGACCCAGCAUUUACCGCAAACUGUGGAUGAAGGAUUUGUGAAAAUGUCCUGGGUCUUUACCUCUCGUUCCCCACCCCCUGCCUUACUACCAGUCAAAGAACAGCAGAGUGUAUGUGAACUGGCAGAAACUAUUACUGAACUGUUUGUGCUCAUUAAGUAGUCUUUAACUGAUAUUUACCACAUAGUUAUGGCCAAGUAGAAAACAGUAUUAUAUACAUUUCCAACACCUAGAUUUGAACUAUUUUAUUCUUGCAGUAAAUAAUUUAUGUCACAUCACCCCAUUUUCUUCCUUGCAUGACCAUUGUGUAUUCCUAUAUCUCUGGUCUCUUAAUGUAAUCUUAGCCAUGCUAUCCACUUUGUAUGGUCCAAAAUGUAUUUUUGGAGCCAGAUGAAUCAAAAUGGUAUUCUCCACGUCAUGUGAUACAUCUUGAAUCUUUAUAACAUUAAAAAAAAAAAAAAAAAAA